AUGGGCUCUCGUCUGAUUCCAGUCAAGAUGCGACAAAUUAUUGCCAAAAAACUUGGCUCAAAUUUCCGUGACGUUACUGAAAUAGUUGAAACUGCUGUGCCUUCUCCAGGCCCAAACGAAAUUCUUGUGAAAAAUAGGUAUUUUAAAUUAACUUACUUGACUCAGUGUCAAUAAACUAAAAGAUGAUAUGGAGGCAUAUAGGCUAAUAGACAUGAUUUUAGCCCAUAGCUAUAGUGUUAAAUCAGCUCUAGCUAUAUCCAGGUUAUUAGUCUUACUAACAUUGUGUCAAAUGGUCAGCAAGGUGCAUUCUGAAUCUGAAACAUAACAAAGUAAUGUACGGUAAAAAAAAAUGUGUAUAUGCUUGUUUGAGUUUCCAAAAAUUUCCAACUGAGAACUGCAUAGAAAGUAAUUAAUUCUCUGUAAAAGUUUUACUAUGUGUGAAGAUUUGUUGUUUGUAACUGCAUUUUUAAAUUUAUUUUACACAGAUUUCUUGGUAUCAACGCUUCAGAUAUUAAUUACACCUCUGGUAGAUAUGACCCUACACGUAAACCCCCAUUUCCAGUUGGAUUUGAGGUAUUAUUUUUAAUAGAUCUAAUAAUAAAUUCAUAAGAGCUUAACAAUAAAAAAACUGUCAUGUGAUAUUUGGAUUGUGCUUUUUCCUAAAUUAAAGUAUCUUUAAAUAAAAACAUGAUAUUUCAUUAUACAAUUUUUCAGGCCAUUGGAGAGGUAGUCACGGCUGGACCUGAAGCAAAAACAAAAGUUGGACAGAAUGUUGUAUAUUCCAAAUUUGGAUGCUUUAAAGACUAUGAAGUGAGUGACUAUGAUACACAUUUAACCAUUCAUCCCUGUGGCACUACAGCCCAUGUACAGCAUGCCUCACCACAUCCUUCCACUCGGAUCUAACUGAUGCUUUUCUUUUCCAUGCUUGGAUUCCCAGCUGCUGUAGAUCACUCUCCACAUCAUCCAUCCAUCUCAGCCUAGGUAUGCCUUUGAGCCGUUUUCCUCUGGGGUUUUGGUGGUGCACCCUCUUUACUCCUCUAUCAUUUGCAUUCUUUCUAAGUGUCCAGCCUGGAUAGCCUGCCCUUUUUUAUUUUUGGUACUAGUGUGGAAUCCUGAUAUAGACUAUGCAAUUGCUGGUUGGUUCGUAUUCUCCAUCCAUAUUCAUCCAAUGUACACAUUUGAUAAAUGAACCAAAAAUAUAAAUAUUUCCUACUGCACCAAUAAGUUUACAAUGUAACUUAAUUUAGAAAGAUCAUUUUCAGCCGCAUAUCAUGAUAACAAUAUCCAAUACUCUACACACAAUUCAUUUCAAAAUACUGCCCAAUAAUGAAUGAGUACAUUUUCUGUUUAAAAACUGAAAUAUAAUACAAUUGUAACAAUUGAUGAAUAUAAUUAUCUUAUAAUGAAAUGUCUUAUAAAGAUGAUCAACAAAACAGAAAUAAAAAAAAAGGAGGGUGAUGGAAAUCCUUUUGAGAAUUGAACCCCCAUCCAUUUGAAUGGCUGGUGUCUUCUUUACGAAAUGACCAUAAAACAACGUAUAUUGCUAGGAAUUAGACACAAAUUAAAUAGACAAAAUUGUAUACCCAAACUAUCUACCAAACUAUCAAUUUAGAACUAUAAUUUUUUAUUAAUAUUUUGUCUAAAUGUAAAGUAGAUUUUAAGGUUAUGGUUUGUUUUAUGAUUGUUUCAUUAUAAGAUUAUCCCUCACCUUGACUGAAAACAAAACCCCCAUCCCUAGGGAAAUAAAAGUCGGAUAAGGCCACUUUCGAUUUUGUCCAGGACCACUCCAUUCACCACUAACAAUGUCUAUAUCAAGUCAUUUAAUUUUUUUCCAAAAAAUUGAAAAAGCUAAAAAAAAAAACUAAUCUCAAUGAAAAAAAAUAUAGAUGUCCAGAUUUAUUUAUAUAUAAUUUAAAAAUUUUUUGACUAUAUUGCUUCUAAGCUUUUUAUAUUCUAAAUGGCUUAACCUCUUUUUGUUGUUCAAGGUUGUUGAUGACAAAUCUGUUAUGCCAAUCCCAACAAGUGAUCCAGCUUAUCUAACCUUUAUGGUUAGUGGAUUGACAGCCUCUAUAGCAUUGGAGAAGGUAAGAAAAAAAAGUGGAUUGACAGCCUCUUUAGCAUUGGAGAAGGUCAGAAAUACAGUGGAUUGACAGACUCUAUAGCAAUGGAGAAGUUAAGAAAUAAAGUGGACUGACAGCAUCUAUAGCAUUGGAGAAGGUAAGAAAUAAAGUGGAUUGACAGAUUCUAUAGCAUUGAAGAAGGUAAGAAAUAAAGUAGAUUGACAGCCUCUAUAGAAGUGGUUCGCAACCUGUGGGUCGCAACCCCUUUGGGGGUCCAAUGACCCCUUUACACGGGUCCCCUUAGUCCAUUGGAACACGCAUAUACUCUACAGUUGAGAAGUGGCAACGAAAAAUGGUUGGGGGUCACCACAACAUGAGGAACAGUAUUAAAGGGUGGCGGCAUUAAGAAGGUUGAGAACCACUGUUCUCUGGCAUUGGAGAAGGUAGGAUAUAAAGUGGAUUGACAGCGUUUUCAUCAUUGGAGAUGGUAGGAAGUAAAUAAAUAUUUUGACAUUAUGUUUAAAGAAUUAAUAUGGUUUCUUUAAUUUGUAAUAUUUUAAAGAACUAAAAGGUAGGCUCAUUUAAAAAGUAUUAUUCAAUAAAUCUGUCGAGUUCUUUUUAUAAUCAUGGUAUUUUAGAAAUGCAAUUAUCUGCAAUAUAAUAUGACAUAUAGAAUAAUCAAUCGAGACUAAAUAUUUUACCAAGAAAGUUAUAGAUUGGAAGAAAAUGUUUUAUUUACUAAAGCCAUUAUAUACAACUAUUGUAUAAGGAAUUGAUAAAAAAAAUUAUUAGAAUUUGUAGUAUUGCAACAUAGUCUGAUGAUGCUACUAUUAGUUAAAUAAAUACAUUUUUUAUUUUUUAUUAAAGAUUUUCAAUAGUAAUAAGAAACAUUAUAAAAAUAUUUUUGUUAUAAGAUAGUUUUCUCAUUAUCCAGCAAUGACUUUAUUUUACAUUCUAAAAUUAUUAUUUUUUCUCAAGAAUGGAGAUCUUUUACCUGGAAAGACUGUGCUUGUUACAGGUAAGAAAAUUAAGUUAUUUUGUAAAUGCAUUAAUACCUAUGAUGCCAAAUCAUACACAUCAGUUUCUAUCAAUAAUGGCCUUAUAGAUGUGGAUCAUCAUUCAGCUGCUAUAGCUUUAUAUAUAUAAAUAUUUAAACGGUUUUAUAAUUUUCUUCACAAUGUAUGAAUGGGGUAGGGCCAUUAUGAAUUGAAAUGAUUUAUACAAUUUAAUGUACGAAAUUUUCUAUUUAUUAUUUUAAUUAGCUGCUGCUGGAGGCACAGGACAAUUUGCGGUAAGUUUUUCAAAGAAAUGUGUCAUGUUUUUGAUUUAUCAGAAUGUAUGAAAAUUAAUAAUUCAUCUUUAUACAGGGCAAAAGGCAAUGUUUUAAAGAUUUGUUAUAAUAAUUUGGUCAAGAUAUUUAUGUGUAACAAUAUGUUAGUAGACUCCUGGUAAUAAAUAUCUGCUUAACGAUGUUGCAAGCCGCUUUAACUUAUGAAAUACUAUGCAAGUAAUUAAAUUUUGAAAUCAACAAUUUUUAAAGAUUUGAUCACAUUUAUAUUUUAACUAUAUUUAAGAUAAUGACAUCUCCAGGUUCAAAUAGCCAAACAGGCUGGCUGUCAUGUGAUUGGAACAUGUUCCAGUGAUGACAAGGCUCAGUUUCUCAAGGUAAACUAGGCCACUGUAGUUUUUUCAUUUAAAUUAGUUUUUGCACUGUUAACCCUUUGAACCUGCGAUCCUGCUUUAUCGAUCUGUGCAUUAACCCUUUAAAGUACGAUGCGCCUGAAAUAUGUCAAUUUUUUCCUUACGCCUACAGUCUGUUGCGGCUAAACCCGCCCAUUUUGAGGUUGUUUACAUUCAUUCUUAGCACAACGGAAAUCCAUUGCGCAUUACUAUUUAUAGUUCUACCGGAAGAAAGCCUCUUUGUUGGCAUUUAUUUUGAUACUAUUUUGAACGCGGUGUGUUAAGGGCUCAUUUUCUACGAUUUUUUUAAAAAAGUCAUGAUUUUUUCACUGUAAAAAAUGGCUUUCUAAGCCUUUGAUAAAAUUUUGAAAGAACUUAGGCGUAAUGAAGCUUCACUGUUUCAUAAAUCUAGCAGCGAUAGUGAAUAAUCUGAUAGAGGCAUUAAUUUAAAUGUUGCUACUAGUAUUAGUGAUUCAAAUGAAGAAGAUAAUAGUAAUAGUAGAGACAUCAAUGACAACGGACCUAUCAAUUCCACUCCAUCUGAUCAGCAAGAUCAUGAAUGGUCGGGAAUUUUUCUCAAAUCAAAGUGGGAGGGUCCCCAAACUGUUUUUAGGUACAAAUUUUGCUUUAAUCAUUUAUUUGUAUUUAGGUUUUUUUAAUUUUAUUUUCUUGCUUCUAGUUUAUUUUCUGUAAAUUAAUUUAGGAUAAAGAUCCUUCAUUUAAAAUGGAGUUAUGUACCUUUGCUUGGUCGCUGGGAGCAGAAAAGACUGAAUAGGCUUGGACUGUAAAGGGUUAAAAAUCCAUACCUACCUUAGAUCGACAAUCCGCAUAUAAUAUGUGUUGUAAAUACGGAGUUCAGGGUUUACCACAGGACUUGCGAAAGAUCACAGUAAAGACUGCGCCCAUGGAUGCAUUGUUUUUAUUAUGUUUUAGUCAUGUUUAUCGAUGUUUAGAGGUGACGAAAAUACUAAAAACUGCUACUCUAAAGGACUCAAGCCAGAGCAGGUUUAUGAUAAUGUAAAUGAUUCAAAGGUUUAUUAUUGGGUUUUGAAAAAGGAUUGUAAUAAAGCAAAUAGACAAUGAUAGUGACGAUUGAUUGACUUCAACUUCUAGUGCUAUUGAUGUGUGCUUUGGGAAUCAAAGAACCAACACCAGGUGUACCCUUAGUCCAAGCCAAGGCUUUUAUGAAAAAUCAGGGUCAUAUAAAUGAACUUUUACUACGCUAUUUUAGACCAUUUCUAAGACAAUUUUCUCCUUGUGAUACGUCUUAUAAUACUUAUGGACUACUAACAGACAAAUUUAGGUUGAAACAUAUAAAAUUUAUUUAAUAUUAUAAUCUUUUGAUUUUGUUCGCUUGUGUGUCAGUUAGUGGAAUUUUUACCCAUGAGCCCAGGGGCAGGGGUAUUUUAGGACCAGGAGCCAAGGGUUCAAAGGGUUAAGUGAAUGCAAAAUGUUUUUCUGAACUUAACCUCUUUAUAAAAACAGUUAAAUUGUCCCAGUAAGUCUAAUUAGCGGUGAUCUAUAAUUCGAAUUUAAAAAAAAACAAUAAUGAGUUUAAAUUAUUUGAUUAAAGUUUGUAUCCGUCGUUAGUGAAUGUUCAUCAUAAAGAAAAAAAAGAAAUUAUUAAGUCAGUUCCGAAUUCACUAAUAUCACUAUUUUAUUUAAAUGUCUUCAUUAAAUUUUUAUUUACUGUGGCAUUAAGCAUCACUUUAAAUAGCUGAAAUGAAUUUUCAGUGCCCAAUCUUUUUCAUCCCCAGAGUAUUAGAAUUCACUAAUAUCACUAUUUUAUUUAAAUGUCUUCAUUAAAUUUUUAUUUACUGUGGCAUUAAGCAUCACUUUAAAUAGCUGAAAUGAAUUUUCAGUGCCCAAUCUUUUUCAUCCCCAGAGUAUUGGGUGUGAUCGGACAGUGAACUACAAGAAGGAAAACUUGACAGAUGUUUUAUCGAAAGAGUAUCCUGUAAUUAUGGACUUUAAAAAAAAUAAUUUUAUCACUGUCAUUAUGUGCAGUGCUGUUUGCUCUGACUAGUUACAAAUUCAUCAAAUAAUAGCUAUAUUUAGUUAAGAUGCAAUCAUACUAUUCAGAGGACACUUAUUCUUUCUCAAUUAUCUACUUAACAAAAUAUCUUAUUUUUAUUUAACAACAUCAUUAUGUGCUUCUUUUAAUUAAAUGCCUUUAUAAAUACAUUUAUUUUAUUUACUAAAGAAAGGAAUCAAUUAAUUUGUUAAAAUUCUUUUUUUUAAACUUCACAGAAAGGUGUAGACGUUGUGUAUGAAUCCGUUGGAAAUGAAAUGCUAGAUGCAGCAGUGAAAAAGUAAAGUCUGUAAUUAGAAAUAAUGUGUAAAAGUACAUGACCUCUUUUGAUGCCUUCUUACUAGAGUUUAACCGGGACAGUUUUUUUACACAACAUCUGGGUAUUUUGAGAAAAUACUUGGUGACUCCAGUUAACUUCACAUUUUCUGAAAGAAUAGGCCUACAGAUAGUCUACACCCUACCUGCCGCCUUUGAACAUUGGCCUACAGACAGUCCUACACCAUACCCGUGGCUCUUUAUUGAUUAAUGUAAUUGUGGCCUCCUUAAGGAAAAAAUUUAACCUUUUUACCUGAGUUGAAAGCUUUUUUUUUCACCCAGUACUAUUAAUAUAAAACAUGGGUAGGGGGAGGGCCGGUUGUGAAAAGUAAGCAGGACACACCAGUACCAAAAUAUAUAUAAGAGAUACUUAUAGUUGCAUUAUUUACAUUCCAGUUUGGCCAUCUUUGGUCGUAUCAUUGUGAUUGGAUCAAUUUCCAAUUAUGAAUGUGAAAAGUAAGCAGGACACACCAGUACCAAAAUAUAUAUAAGAGAUACUUAUAGUUGCAUUAUUUACAUUCCAGUUUGGCCAUCUUUGGUCGUAUCAUUGUGAUUGGAUCAAUUUCCAAUUAUGAAGGUGCAAAAAGUGAAGACUUCUCAACUAUGGAACAUUCUAGUAAAGUCAACAUUCCACUGUCAGUAAGUGGAUAAACAAUUUUGCUAGUGCUUAAUAAUAUAGAAAUGUGGAAACAAUUUCAUAUUCAUUUCUUUGAAUGUCUACAUAACAUAGAUCAGUCUUAAUAUGAAAAUUUUUUUUUUUUUCACUAUGUGAAUGACCCCAUGUUAUAUUAUAGUUAUAUAGUCAUAGUUAGCAUUACAUUUAUUGCUAAAUUUUAUUCUGGCAAUUCUGAUAAAAUCAGUAAAAGGAAUUUAUUUUUUAUAAAUAAUUCCCUACAAAACAAUAUCUCUAAAUUAUCUUAUUUCAACAAAACAUUGAGAUUGAAUUCUUAAAUUGCAUUACAAUUACAGUCACGCCUCAAAAUUUGUCAAUUUAAUACCAGAAAAGUUGAAUUAAGCAUCAAUUAACUACUCAACAACUCUAGAAUCUGAAUGUAACAAGUUGACAAUAUUAUUUCUCAUAAGCAAAACAACAACGAAAUCAUUAGAGAACCUAAUGGCUCCUUGUGUCAUUUAAAUUUAAUUUUGCUCACAGCUCCUCGCAAAAUCUGGCAGCCUCAUAGGUUUCUUCCUGCCACACGGUCGCAAGGAAUCAUCUCGUCAUCUCCAGCUGUUAACCUCCCAGUACCUUCAGGGGAAGCUGAAGGUGUUCACAGAUAAAGGUGUUGGUGUUCCAACUGGACCUUUCAUUGGACUGGAUAAAGUAGUGGAUGCUGUUGAGGUAAUUUAAAAAACAAAAAAAGAAUCCAAAAAAUUACAUGUCAUACACACAUUUUUAUUUAUCUUUGUAUGAUAAUAUCACUGAAUUCAAGCAUUAAAAAAAAUACAUUAUUCGUGAGGCGCACAUGCCUAUUUCACGGACUUUCCCUUUUUCUUGGAAAACUUUCCCUAUUUUUGCAUUAUCUCAAAUACCUUUUCUCAACCUAUCAAUCAAAUGAAGGUUUGAAUAGCAAGUGAUAUGAAAUAGUUAUGAAGAAGCUAGAAUAUGUUUAGUUAUUGGUUUCAAAAUGUUCUAUAGUAAAAUAUCUAAAAGAUCCUCCAAAGUAUGGAAUGAAUUUCUGUUUUUCCAGUUUUGUUUUUUUUUAACCUGUCAUUGAUUUAACUGUCUUUGAUUUACCUUUUGUUGAUUUACCUGUCGUUUAUCUGCCUGUGGUCAAUUUACCUGUCAUUGAUUUACCCGGCGUUGAUUUUUAUUCCAGUACAUGUACUCCCGAGGGAAUGUUGGGAAAGUCGUGGUUGAACUGAAUGAGAAAAGUGCACUGUGA